AUGUCGACUCUCCAGGCCGUCAAGUAUACCCGGGGCAAGCUCGAGGUUCUCGACCAGCUUCGUCUGCCCCAUGAAUUCCAUUACGACAAUGUCGCGACCCGGCAAGAGGCUUUUGACAGUAUCGCCAGCAUGCGCACACGUGGCGCGCCAGCUAUUGCCAUUGUCGCGAGUCUGGGUCUCGCUGUCGAAUUUCAUAAUGGCUCUGUCCCCGAAGGCUCGACUGAAUCCGUUGUCUCCUACAUCGACACCGCCCUCGACUAUCUCAAGGAAAGCCGUCCGACGGCCGUCGACCUGACCAACGCCAUCAACCAGCUCAAGGCCAGAAUACGCGCUGCCGGCGCCGCGGCUACCGCGAUUGAGAUUGUCGAGGCCUUUAUCGACGAGGCGGAAAAGAUUUUCGAAAAGGAUCUCAAAACAAACAUGGCCAUUGGCGACUACGGUGCCGAGUGGCUGCGUGCGCAAGUCGGUGCUAGCUCCGACAAGCAGAUUUCCGUGCUCACCCAUUGCAAUACCGGCUCGUUAGCUACCUCUGGUCAUGGUACUGCGCUUGGAAUCAUCCGCACGCUUCAGUCCAAGGGUCUUCUCCAGCACGCAUUCUGCACAGAGACCCGGCCAUACAACCAGGGCAGCCGCCUCACUGCCUUUGAGCUCGUCUUUGAGGGUAUCCCUAGCACGCUCAUUACCGACUCUAUGGCCGCCUCGCUCUUCCGCACGCGAGGCGCCGAAAAGAACAUUACAGCCGUCAUUGUCGGCGCCGACCGUGUCGUCCGCAACGGCGACACGGCCAACAAGAUCGGUACCUAUCAGCUGGCCGUCCUGGCCAAGUUCCACAGCAUCAAGUUCAUUGUCGCCGCCCCCACGACGAGCAUUGAUCUCGUCACCGAAACUGGCGACGGUAUCAAGAUUGAGGAGCGCAAGCCGGAGGAGCUCACCCAAAUUACAGGUGCCGUCAUCAAGCCCGAUGGCACCGUCGACGAGACUACCAAGGUGCGCGUUGCUACAGCUGACCAGCGUAUCAAUGUCUGGAACCCGGCCUUUGACGUGACACCCGCCGAGCUCAUUGAUGCUGUCGUCACGGAAAAGGGCGCGGUCGAGAAGGGUGCAGAUGACAAGUUUGACUUUUCCAAAAUUAUGCCCGAGCGCUGGGCGCAGAUUGUCAAGGCGUGA